CUUAGUAAGUCGGGAGUUUUUCACUCGUGAUGACCGUGAGGAGGUCUUGUGUCAGUUGGGGCCCCGGGCAAGAGUAAGAAAGGUGUUGGACAUCCUGCAGUGUAAAGGCGAAGAAGCAGCUAAUAUUUUCCUCUCAAUUAGCAUCAAUCAUCAGCAAGAGGCACAGAAAUACUCCAAAGAAGGCAACACAGAUCAACCUCAGUCCGUAGAGUACAACAAAGUCAAACAAAAGCAUAAAGAUGUCCUUAGGCGCCGGAGCGAGAGCAUGCUCUUCUACAACACUCGACAUGGAGAGAAAAUCCUUUUUUCUGAACAUUAUGUCAACCUCUUGUUGGUCGAUGGACACCAGGGGUUGGACAUAAAAAGACAUGAGGUUCUGACAUUUGGGCAAAAGCGAUUGUCUUUGCAGCAGAAGUCAGCAGUUCAUAGAAAAAUCACACCAGGGGAAAUAUUCCUCAGUCCAAAUGGAAGUCGUCCAGUCAAGAAAGUUCUGGUGACAGGGGUGGCUGGCAUUGGGAAAACCAUCCUUGUGCAAAAGAUGCUGUUUGAUUUCGGGGCAAACAAAAACUGUCUUACAUUUGACUUCGUCAUCCACAUGACCUUCAGAGACCUCAAUCUGAUCAACAAACCCACAAGCUUCCGGGAGAUGGUCUUGCGUAAGAACAGGCACCUAGCUAAAGAAUUGGAUAACAUUCUAGCUAAUGACAACAAUCUGCUUAUCAUACUGGACGGCUUUGAUGAAUUCAGGCACUACAGGAGCUGCGAGUCGACCUGCAGCUAUCAACCACAUCCCUGUCGGCUGCAUCGACCGUUUGUGCUCAUUUCUGGCUUCUCGUUGGCCGAAGUUCAAGACUUCUUCUCACGAUACUUCCAAGACAGAGCUCUUGCUGACCGCAUGUUCGCCGUGGUGUCAGCGAAUGAUCUCAUGCUGACAUUGUGUUACAUACCUGCGUUUUGCUACAUCGUGUGCUGCAUCCUCAAAGAAAGCAAAGAACUCGGUGGACCAAGCCCCAAGACCAUGACAGACAUUUACGUACAGUAUCUAGUGGCAUUGCUCCGCUCUCACACUCAAGCAAGAGCUGAAACCUUUUUUCAGGAGCAACAAGCAGGAGCCAAUCAGCAGCUAUCUGACACUGUGCUAAAGCUGGGCCGACUUGCCUUCAAAAAGUUGAUGGAGCAUCAAACUCUUUUCUACAGCAGCGACCCAGAUGUGGCAGCAGUAAAGGGAUGCAGCCUUGUGAGUACCUUCCUUGACAAGACGGUGGCCCAAGAGCCAGGCUGUACUGAAGAGGUUUACUCCUUUGCACACCUUACUGUCCAAGAGUUCUUUGCAGCCGUUUACUGUGCCGUCACUGAUCAGCCUUUACCUGAUGCAAUUCAGAACUCUACAACUCCCGUGGAGGGAUCCAACUACGGACAUUUGGACCUAUUCAACCGCUUCCUUUCUGGAAUCCUCUCUGAGCGCAAUGCUAACCUUCUGUCGAGGCAGGUGGGGCUGUGUUGUCAUAAAGAAAAAGUGGACUCCUAUCGUCAGAGGAUCAUCAGAGAACUUACAGCACGCUGUGAAAACGGGGCCCAUAUCCUCAACCAUCUGCACUGCCUGUUUGAGCAGCAGGACCCUUCUCUGGCCCUCGCUGUACAACCAAAGACACUGCGGAUUAAUGUUUGUGAUGAAACACUCUCCCAAAUGGACUACAAUACUAUCAAGUACUUCCUAAACCUGACAAACGGGACAAUAUCAGAGCUGGAUCUGACUGGGACCGGAGUAAGCUGUGAAUCACUAAGAGAUAUUCAGCCCCUGCUGAUUAGAUGUCAGUGUCUUUGGCUGGGAGAAAACAUCCUCGAUAUGGAAGCAGCUCAAGCGAUUGCUGAUGUGUUGCAAGUGUCAGAAAGUAUAACCCAACUAGGACUUGGAUGGUCGAACAUUGGGGAUGAGGAACUACUUGUUCUAUCACAUGCCAUACGCGUGAAAAAAAAGCUUGAACAGUUGUGGAUGGAGGGAAACCGCCUGACCUACAGAGGUCUGAGGUCCCUCAAGGACCUGACUCCAUAUCCUCUGGAAAGAGUUGUAGCCAUAUGGAAUGACCUGACUGACACCGAUCCAGAAACCUUUAGCACUAGAGAAAGUGUAACUGUGGAUUUCACAGAUGAUGAUAUGUGGGACGGAUGGGGGCAAUGGGUGUUGAAAAGGUGUGAGGUCAGCAGCAACGAGAAGUUAGUGAUGGUACUCCACAAAGUGUGCAACGUUUCAGCCCACUGCUUGAAAGCAAAGUGGGCGAAAACCUUUUACGAGCAACUAACACAGCUCAUCGCUGGCAGGAUAGAGAGCUGCACCGAGGAAGACAUGUGCAAGAAGCUCAGAAAGUUUGAGAACAUUUUGCAACACUGACAGACAAAUACUCACUUACCUCAAGUCAUAAGCUAUAAAUGGAGUUCAUGUGUUUGUUUGAUGUUAAACGCUUUGUGUGAAACAUAUUGAUUGUGAAUGAUGAACUAGUAUCACUACAGAAUUAUAUUUACUACAUAAUAUGAUGCAAUUUCCUGUCUUCAACCUCUAAUUUGGGAUUUUUGCCCAUGAGGGAAUGCAUGCAGGUCACAUAUCCAGAAUGUCAUUGAAAAUAUUCAAUAUGCAAAACAACUAGAUGGCCCGUACGGGGAUCGAACCCGCGACCUUGGCGUUAUUAGCACCACGCUCUAACCAACUGAGCUAACCGGCCACGGCGCUCUGAGACAUAUAUUAUAUUAUUCACCUAAAAUACAUUAAAGUUCUCGUGUUUAAUGUUUUAUCUACUUUCAGCACAUCAAUUGUUCCCCUUAAAAAAAAAAAGGCCAUGCUGGGAAUUUGAAAGUGAAAAAUGUAAUCUUUAACUACAUACUGGUUAUCAGGUUAAACAAAUUACAAUACCGUAGGCCUACUGUUUACAACAAUAUAUAAAAAAAUGUAUUACCUUAUAAUACUGAUGUGUUUUCUAUUUAUUUUGAUUUCUAUCAACUAUUUAUAUUACAAGCUAAAUGUUUUGUACCUUUGUUGUAAUAUA